AUGAGGGUCCGUUUAAUUCCACUCGCCCUGGUGGCUGUCGGCAUAUUUAUAUUGAGCUGGGCCGCACUAUCUAAGUCCUGGACAGGCUCCGGUGAAAAUGUGGCAUUCUGUGCGGAUUGCUUAGGCUAUGUCAGAGACGUCGAUACGAUGUUCCAAAAGAAUACUGGAGCUUGGGCCAACUCGCAGUUCUUUCGUUACGCACUCGAUAAAUCGUGUCGAGGUCGGAUUUUGAUUACCGGUCGAUGUCUGCAGUAUCGACGCCGGCUUCUUGAGAAGCCAGCGAUUUCCAUGUCGCAACUUGAUAGUCCACAUGAGGCCUUCAGCACAAGUCAGGGCAGAAGAAGCGGCAUACAACGCCCACAGAACUUGGAGAUCUGCUAUACAUUGCUCAGAAUGCUGAGCAAGAUUCACAAUGCUGCCUCCCUCAAAGGCGGCGAUCCGAUCGACUCAGAAAAUAACAAAUAUCUUAUAUACAUACCUAUACCAGAGCUCCGAAGCCAAAUAUAUGGCCAUAUCUUUGAGCCUCAUGGGGUUGGCCUUGUGCCACAGAGCGAGAGAAAGGUCGAAGGGAGCACUCGAGAAGGCUCCGGCCUCAACUAUUUCAUGGACAACUACGGCCACGUAACUCGGUUACACCCUCCCCAGUCAUGCUUCAUGUCCCUUCCACGAGCGGGACUUGACUUCAUAAUUUUUCCGAUUACCACUCCGAUCGCACAUUCCUCGAUGCAGAUGGAGGAAGCGCUACUCAUCCUAUGCGGUCGGCAAGUUACCCUACAGGAGAUCGAGGGAGCAAGGGUCAAUGUGUCACGAUACAUGGUCUACCCACAGAGCUACGCGGACCAACAGACAGGGCGCUAA